AUGGUUGUCGUCGUCGUCAUCGUCGCCACCGUGUUCGUCACCUCUGUCGUCGUCGUCGGCGGUGACGAAUCAUCGCCGCCCACAUCGCAGAAACCACCACCUCAUCGCACGGAAGUCGUUAGCGUCUAUCGGCUUCUACCCAAAAAUCACACACAGUUCAAUGUUAUCAGAAGUCUCUAUGACAAUUCUACCCAUCUACAGGCAGGUUUCGUUGAUUUCACGGCGGCUUUCCGGUUUGGUUAUGUUGGUUAG